AAUUUAUUGUUAAUGUUUUCUGUACCCUAAAGAAAACCUUCUUCAUCAUCUGUUCGCAAUCCCUCUCGCUCUCUUAAAACCAUCUCACAGAUUAAAAAUUGAAUCAGUGAUAGAUAAUAAGUCAUAAAAAAAUUAAAUUCGAAAUUAAAAAAAAGGUAAAAGAAUGGGUAGGGAAAGAGAGGCUCCUCAGAAACCUCAACAACAACAAGAAGAAGUAGUCUCAUACACAGUGGAGCAGCUGGUUGCCGUCAAUCCCUACAAUCCUGACAUCCUCCCCGAUCUCGAAAACUACGUUAACGAACAGGUUUCUUCGCUAACAUACAGUCUGGAUGCAAAUCUUUGCCUUCUUCGCCUCUAUCAGUUCGAGCCAGAGAGAAUGAGCACCCAGAUUGUGGCUCGUAUUCUCAUUAAGGCACUCAUGGCAAUGCCAGCUCCUGAUUUUGGCCUUUGUCUCUUUUUGAUUCCAGAACGAGUGCAAAUGGAGGAACAGUUAAAGACACUGAUUGUUCUCUCACAUUAUUUGGAGACAGGAAGGUUCCGUCAAUUCUGGGAUGAAGUUGCAAAGAAUCGCCACAUAGUUGAAGCCGUCCCAGGUUUUGAGCAAGCAAUCCAAGCCUAUGCAAUUCACCUACUUUCUUUGACUUAUCAAAAGGUUCCUAGGUCUAUGCUGGCUGAGGCUAUCAACAUUGAAGGUCUAUCCUUGGACAAGUUCCUGGAACAACAGGUGUCCAGUUGUGGUUGGACAUUAGAGAAGGGUCAUGGGCAGGUACAACUCAUUGUCCUACCCAGUAAUGAAUUUAACCAUCCUGAGCUAAAGAAGAACACUGCAGAUAGCAUUCCUUUAGAGCAUGUUACCCGCAUCUUCCCCAUUCUUGGUUGAGGGGCUAGGGAUUUUUCAAUUUGUUCCUCGUAUCAGCGAAAGCUCUGGGAUUCUAGUUCCCAGUAACUGUGCUUAGAUGCUUAUGAUUUUGGUGCUACUGUAACCUUAUUGCUUGUUUGUUUUUGUAUCUGGGAUUUAGUCCAAACAAUGGAGAGGAGAGUUGAUAAACCUUAUAAUGAAUCUUCGCUUUUUUUUUUUU